GUCUGGAGGCCUGGCCCCAGCUUCCGCGUCAUACGUCGUGAACAUCUCAUCUACGAUUUGCCUUCAAGAUGUCAGCUGCCUCUGGAAUAGGGAUUUCACCUGAACUCUCCGAUACUUUCAGCAGCGCUGUGGACUCCAAGAAUAUUCGAUUCAUCAAAGUUGCCAUUCAGAAUGAAACAUUGGUGCCGGUAGAGACCAUUGAAGUCUCGGGGUCGUUUGAUGACGAUCUGUCACAACUUCAAACACUCCUUGAUGAUAAACAGGCAGUUUAUGUUCUCGCUCGUCUGGAUGAACCACCAUCGGAAUGGCUAGCUAUAAACUAUGUCCCUGAUGCCGCGCCAGUGCGAGAGAAGAUGCUCUACGCGUCGACCCGGAGCUCGCUCACCAAAUCACUAGGAUCGGCCGUCUUUACCGAUUCACUAUUUGCAACAUCGAAGGAUGAUCUGACCGCCGAUGCGUAUGCUGCACACAAACGCAGUCUGGCCGCGCCGAAGCCCCUGAGCGCGAGGGAGAAGGAGAUGGAGGACAUCAAGGCUGCAGAGAAACAAGCAGGAUUCUCGUAUGAGGGAAGCAGCGCUCGAAAGAAUCACAUUGGGACGGGCCAUAGCUUUGCCUGGGAUCCGGAAGCGGAGAACGCGAUGAAGGAGCUCGGUGCAACGGAGACGAGUCGUCUGGUUGUCCUCGCGAUCGCAAUGGAAUCGGAGACGUUGGAGUUGCAUUCUUCUUCUGAGGUAGACAUCAAUCAGGUGGGGGCAGCUUUGCCAAAGGAUCAGCCUGCAUAUGCUGCAUUGGCAUGGGUGAACGAAUACUCCGAGACCGGACGUGAUGUUUUAUACAUUUAUUCAUGCCCAACUACCUCUCCAGUCAAACUCAGGAUGACGUAUUCAGCGGGUUCUGGCUCAGUGGCUCGAGCGAUUGAAACGAUCCUAAAAGACAACGGGUCGGCGUUUGUGGUGUCCAAACGAAAAAUCGAGACGUCGGAUCCAGCAGAAGUGGACGAAGCCUUCCUGAAGUCGUUAUACGAAUUCAAUGCACCGCGAUCUGCAGGUGGUGGUGCUGUUCCAGAAGUCAAGCCAGACAGGGGCUUUGCGCGACCCAAAGGACCUGCCAGGAGACGGUGAUGAAUGGUGGUACGCGGAAUGCACUAGGCGGAGGCCAUGUACUAAUACUACGUGUCACUAAAUCUGUACGCUACUUAUGAAUCAUGAGAGGUCGAAAGGUGCUAUAUGACCACGCUCAAGGUGUUGGUGUUGGUACUCUCAUUGUUGG